AGCUGGGAUACGGGAGUUUUUCACUGGAGUGGCAGGAAGAGAGGUGAAUAGGUCUCAUCUUUCCAUUCCCUGCGGAAAAACCUGCCGACACUGCCACAGCCACCCACUUAAGGAAACCAGACUGCAGGGUUUUGUUUUUAUUUUUCUCGUGCUCAGGGAGUGUCUGGAGAACAGAUGACAAAGAGGACCGAGACUCCUGAGUCCUGAUUCUCCAACAUCACCACCUGCUGGUGCAGCUGAUCUGACUUGAUGGCUUCUGGUUUAUUCUUGAGAAAAACUGUGGUCCUUUGGUUCUUCUUCAACCUUUUUAGUGUUAUAAUCAAUUCAGAAUUUGCAACGUUCAAGUGCCAGGAAAAUGUAUCUGUUUGCCAAAAUGACCGGGUUGAGAUCAUCUGCAAUACCACUAAGAAAUUUGAUGAUAUAACAUUGAUGUGUUCUAAGGACAAGAAAGACACUGGAAAACAACUCUUCUACAUGAACACAGUAGGAGAUUCUCCCUUUCAGGAUGGAAUGAAACUUGUGUUUGGGGAGCAAGUAGCCAAGUUGGUGAUUCAGAAUGCCCAAAUUUCCCAUGAUGGAUUUUACCGAUGGAUUCUUACAGGAGAAGGGUCCCAAAUUAAAUUCACUCACCUGCAUGUUUCAGGAUCUCCUACUAUAUACAAGGAAAACGGUAACCUGAUCUGCCGAGCAGCCCGGGUAAAGUCAGGGAGGAGAAUCAGGUGGUCCAAUGACCUGCCAGCAGAGGAGACAGAAUACACAUCUGAUCAGGAUGCCAGUGGCCUCUUCAAUCUCAGCAGCUCACAACUUUGGGAUGAUAGUUUUGACAGUAAUCCACCCUGCUGUGAAGUUGUUGAUGAGAAGGGCUCCCAAGAAUUUUGUUCAAAAACUUGCUAUACCAGUGCCAUCAUGAAAGAAAUCUCAGGUACUCCAACAACAAACUUAAACAAUACAUGGUGGCCUAUAACCUCUGGAAUUGUUCUUAUUUUGGUUGCAUGUAUGGUCUACAUAUGGUGUAAAAAAAAAAGAGCCAGUCAUUUCUAGUCUUCCAUUUAUGGCUUCCAUCUAAUCAUAGUAUUUCCCAAUCCUACCACCUCUCUUUUUGAUGCCUAAGAAUUGGAAAUCAAAGGAAUGCCCAUCAGUUGAGAAUGGCUAAACAAGUUGUGGUAUAUGAUGGUGAUGGAAUAUUAUUGUGCUAUAAGAAAUUGACAAGAAGGAUGAUUUCAGAAAG